AUGGUGGUCGCGGACCAUUGUGCAGUCUUCAAUAAAUUAUACGUCCUUUCUACUUCUUUCACAGCUCAUACACUUCAAACCCCUCCGUUAGAUGUUUUCAAUGUCCACAAUUCCACUGUGCAUAUUUGCUCUCCGAAGACGAGUAAAUCACAUAACAAUGUCCUUCAACUCAAUUUGGAAGAUGGCACAGAAAUGCUGUUGGCAGCUAGCACCCUGGAGACUUGCAAUGAAUGGUAUGAACACCUCAAGGCUGCCUCACCUGGUUGGAUUGAGUAUCGAGUAAUCGUAACUAAAGUUUGGAAUGAAUCGCUUAAAGCAUUCUCUACGUCUCUAUUAAACAUUUGCCUUAUUUUGUUAACACUUCAGAAGUACCUCCGGAUGACUUCAAUGGUGAUCGAUGCCAAACGCUUCUGUCAACCUCUUAAAAAUUGGCGAUUCUUUUGCUUUGACACGAACAUUGAUGAUGAUGAUGAUGGUAAUAAUAAUGAUACGUACACUGUUUUUUUCUUUCUCCUUGUCAAGGGUCUCAUGGAACUUGGACCCUCCCAAGAAGUGGAUCCCUUAAAAGAAGAGACUCUGGAGACAGUUCUAGACACGGUACAUGGGGCAGAUUGA